AUGAAUUCCCAUACAUUUUUCGCGCGAAAAUUUAAAAUGAGCCAAUCACGACCGCUCUUACCUAAUGUACAUUCAAAUCAAAUGAAUAACAAUAGUGAGUAUCUUAAUAGCAGACGUGAAAAAGAUAAGCAAAGAAAGCGUGAAAAACGCGCCCUAGAAUCAGAUGAACAGAAAGACAAAAGAAAUCAACAGAAUGCGCCUCAGAAACUGCAGAAGAACACCUUAGUCGAUGCCAAAAAAGUUCCACUCAAAAAAAACAGAAAAGGUUAG